GUCACAACAGGAGUAUAAGCUCGUUUUCUGCUGUUGAAAAACUUCCAAAGUCUCAAAAAAAUCAAAUGAGACCAUGGAUAGUGAUAAAAAAAUAACAAAGGAAGACACAUGGAAACCAGCUGACCUGAGAAGACAUCUUAGGGAGGAAGGACAUGGUGAUGACUAUGCCAGGAGGCGAGAUGAGACUGGGAGAAAGCACCGGGGUGGAGAAUCCACAGAGAGACACCGUAGGGACCCGGAGAGGGAGUCCAGAAGGGAGAGGGACGAGCAUGGGGAAAGGGAGAGUACAAGAGAUAGACGAGGUGAAGAGGAAAAAGACAGAUAUGUAGACCGCAGGAAAGAGGGCUCACGUGACAGGAGAGGUGAUAAGGAAAGGGAUAGAAGAGAGGAUAGAGAAAAAAGAAGGGAAAGAGAGAGAUUGGAAGAUGCAGACAAGUACCGUAAUGACUCCAGAGAGAACAGAGACAGGCGGCGGGAUAAAGAGGAAAAGCUUGAGAGGGAAAGAGAUAAGGAAAGGGACAGGGAUAAAGAGAAGAAUAGGGAUAGGAAUGGACAGAGACACAGCGAGGAGUACAGGAAUAAAAGGAGAGAAAAUGGAGACAAGGAAAGAAGGAGAGAAGAACGGGACAGAGAACACAGGACUGAGAGGGAGAGAAGGAGACAUGAAGAGAGUGGAGAAGGUGAAAGACAUCGGGUAGAAAAGCACGACAGAGAGCACAGAGAUCAACAUCGGGAAAGAGACAGAUAUAAAGAUGAAUAUGAAGUGACGAGGAAUGACAAAGAAAGACGAGAGAGACAUGAAGAAAGAAAGCAUUCAGAGCUGAAGGAGGAAAGAGCAUCCAAAGAAGAGCAUAGAAAACAUAAAGAGGAUAGAGAAAGGAGACACAGAGAGAGAGGAUAUCAUGAUGAAAAACGGAAGCAUGACAGUGACUCCAGGGGGCAUCAAGCCUUGAAGGGGUUAGAUGAAGAGGUCAGGCAUCGAGAGAGAAGGCACAGACAGGAUGAAGACCCAGAGAGAAAGCACAGAGACAGGACCAGCUCCAACAAAUCAUCCUCUGACAAAAGUCAUGAAACAAAGACGAUGAAAACACAUGAGGUAGACAUGCUAUCUGAGCACUGGACAGCUAGUGCGAUAGAUGUAGGAGACACAGAAGAGCCCGUUGUCAAUGAUGAAAAUUUGGCAGACCAGGAAUAUGAAGAUGACUUUGAGGAUUAUGAGGACGAUUUUGAGGAGAUGGAUGAGAGUACAAAUGAAGGUGAGGAGCAGGAGGAGCCAGAUCAUCCAGGGGUGGGAGAAGAGAUUGAGGAACUUACACCGCAAAGGAAAGAGGAGAUCAAAGCAAUUCGGAGAGCCAUGGAUGAAGAGAAUGAACGAAUUGGAACAGCUCAGUCCAGAGAAAGUAUGAGCAGAGAGGAGGAAGACAGGGCAAAAUGGUCCAGAGGCGCUGAAAAGAACCAGAGAAGAAGUUCCCCGCGUGGGAAGUUUAUUGACUUUGUGGCAGCAAAACAGCGUGAAGUCAGCAAGAAAGUUGCCUCAAAACAAAAGAAACGCAGCAUAGAGCUACUCCGCUUAAUUGAUCUGGAUUUCUCAAUGACAGUCUCCCUUUUGGAUCUCCCACCUGUUAAUGAAUAUGACAUGUAUAUUAGAAACUUUGGCACUGCAAACACCAAACAGGCUUAUGUUCAGUGUAAUGAAGAUAAUACAGACCGAGACAUCCAGACAGAGGAGAUAGAAGUGUGUGAGAAGUGGACGCAGCAUCCUCCUGAGCACAAUGGAGCCUGUGGCGGUAAGAAAACACCAAGUGCAUUCUGUGACCAAUAGUGUCUGUAUGCAGAUUUCAACAAUGACGUAUCCCAUGAUUUUACAGAUCCAAACCUGUCUUAUGAAGCACGGGACAAAACCGUCAGUGAAAUGAAUUUUGAUUCACAGCGCCUGAUCGCAUUUCUUCACUCAGCCUCACAGGUCAUGGUUGUACUUUUGGAAGAGGAUGAAGCUGAGAGGAAAUCCCUGAGGAAGCCGAGGACUCAAACGGACACACUGUCUUUCAGUGAUGGAAGCCUACAGCUGAACACUAAGUUGCCUUUUCUUUAUGGUCGCCAAAUCAGCCUGGUGCACUUCUCUCAGGUCCAGGGACACACCAUGAUGUCAGUCCACAAGCCUACAAUUAAACCCAGCGCUGUUCGUCUCGACAGUUGUACCCUCAUCUGCAUCUGGAACAUUUGGGAGCCGUCCAGACCUCAGAAGAUCCUUGUUUAUGAAUCUGAGGUGCAGUGUUGCUGUUUCAGCCCUGGAAAGGCCAUAUUGGUGUUUGCAGGCACUUCAGUUGGCUCUGUGGUGCUGUGGGACCUGAGGGAGCAUGCUCGUAAUCACUACCGCCUGAAGAUAGGGGAUGAGGAGUGGACCUUCAGACAGCCUACAUUCUCCACUGAUGCAGUGAUGGCCGGCUCUGGCCAUUUCUCAUCUGUGACGUCUGUCGAAGUUGUACCCUCCGCAAUAGCAGGAAGGCUGAGGCCAGAGGUCCUACUUCUGGCAUCUGAGGAAGAGUCCUCAGGAUUGUCAUUUCAGCUGGCUUCUCUGGAUGAAAGCGGGGUUUUAAAUUUCUGGGUGGUGGUGGAGCUCCCAAAAACCAACGAAGCAGGUUCUCAAACAGAUCUGGGGCUCAGACCCGGUGGCAAAGUAAAGUUGCUUCACAGCUCCUCCCUCCUCACUGCUGAGAGGGUCUCCCCACGAGAUGCAGUGAAAACAGGGCCAUUACAGACACUUCAUUUAAAAUUCCUCCCAACUGACUCCAAUCAUUUCUUUAUUGGCACUAAUAUGGGUGUGGUCAAUCAUGGAACCAGUCACGGUUUGAAGGCUCCUCCGAAGUUCUACAGCUUUCAGGAGGUUGGAGCCCGACCUGCUGAUGUCAGCUCAAUUCAUUUCUCUCCCUUCAGCCAAAACUUUUUCUUGGUGGGUUGUGGAGAUGGCAGCAUCAGGCUACAUGCGGUCAGCCGCGAGCAGCCUGUGGCCGAGUGGAAGAACGGCACCGCUGGUGAACCGGUGGUCUCACUGCAGUGGGCCCAAACCAGGCCGACAGUCUUCUGUGUGCUGGAUGCGACUUCUAACCUCUACAUAUGGGACCUGCUGAAAAAUGACACCGAGCCUGUGGUCACUGAAAGGAUGAUAACCGACAGGUGA